AUGCCAACCGAUAUUGAACGCAUCGUAGACCGCAAGCUCAUCAAGCAACGCGUGCACUACCUUGUAACAUGGAAGGGUUUUGGCGAAGAGAACAAUACAUGGGAGAGUCGUAUUGAUCUUAUGGCGGACGGAUACUCACACUUUAUCAAAAGUUUUGAAGACGAACGUAAAAAAGAGUCGACGACUCGCGGUCGAAGUCCGGGACGUUCGUCGUACAAGAGCCCAAGAAAAAGCAAGAGUCCAGGACGUGGAGCUGAUCGUUCAAGAGGACGUCGUAGUCGCUCUCGUAGCGUCUCUGGGAGCAAAAAGUUGCGGCAACGCAAAAGCUUGGUCAACACGGAGAUUUUGGAUAACACGGAGACCAAUGGUGAAGUGGAGAAGACCGCUGGACGCCGAUCAAAGUGCAAUCAUGAUACGACCGAGUCGUCCUCGUUGUCAACCCAGUUUGUGUCCCGUCUGGACGAGGACGACGCGAUUUUGCUGCGAUCAACCGUAGCGGCACUGGUCCCACAGGUUCACGAGAUUUCUCUUCCCUCCCCGUCGGAAAAACAUCCGCACAAGAAGUCGAUGAUUUUAUCAUACGAGGAAGACGAAGAGCCGCUAUUGAAGGCAAAGAAAAUAGACAAAGAAACCACGUUUUCGAAGGUCAGCCCAGCGGCUAGCUCCGUUCACGACCGUACUGACCCCGUGGAAGAUGGCUUGAUUGCCAAGGCGGUGGAGAGUGGGUAUCUCACGUCAUUCUUGAGUGUAGCAGCUGUGGUUGGCUCUCUUGUGGCGAGCCAGAUGCUGCCUCGUGUCGCUGAGGAGAAUACCGACCUGGGGCGAAGGUGGCUAUCAUUCCUCACGCCUGUUGUAGCCCUAUUGCUAUUCUUUCAUCAGAAAGAUGCGCGAAGAUCGGCUAAAUGGGUGGCCACUGGUCUGGUGUGGCGUGCUGCUGCUGAGCUGCUGCUUUUGAUUGGAGAUACGCCACGUGAGUUUGAGACGAUGGUUGCGGGCUCGGCUAUUUUUGCUAAUGUGUCGCUGCUCAUUGCUCUCGUGUCCAUCAUUGCCAACGGCGAGCACAAGCAGUCUAAGGCUACACUUGCGCUGCUGGCAGUGGGAGCUUUCAUGCUUUUCCUUUCGGACAGCUGGGUUAUCUCCACGGAAAAUCCUGCGUUGGAAUCUCGUGUGAUUCUAAUGUCAAUGGCUGUUCUGACGAUUGCGCUGUCGCCAAUGCCGACGGAAUCCUCGGAGGAUGAUGAUUAA